AUGUGGCUAUUGAAUGCUAUUGAUUCGUACAGAAAAACCACCCUUUUUCACCUUCCCAAGGGAGCCUGGUGGACCCAAAACGGAACCGGGGGGUUCCUGCAGGUCAUCGGGGUCGAAAAGUUGCGAAGGAGAUACACGCACUCCACCGAGAAGCGCGCUUUGGCGGAUUCCUUUGAUCUCUUCCUCUGUGACAAGAGGGUCUUCAAGAGUAUGAGGGAGUUGCUGGGCAGUGCGUUCUUCAAGCAGAAGCUGAAGUUUCCAGUUCCGGUGCUUUUGAAGGACAAGGCGCCGGAUCCCACCGUCGACAUCCGGAAGGCCAUUGCCGGCACCAUCUUCAAGUUGGCCUUUGGGCCCUGCGUCGGGGUGCGCUUUGGGCGCUGCGGGAUGUCAGAGGAAGAGUUGGCGGCCAACGCAUCUGCCGUGAUCGCUCAUUCCAUCAAGCUCCUGUCAAAGUAUGGGCUUCUAGUUCAAAGCAUUGGAAUGCAGGCGACGAAUAGCAUGGCCCUGCCUGUGUGGAAGAGGCCAACUCCGCCUGGAGAGACGGUGAAUCUGAAGAAGUGGAGAGAACAGCAGGCCAGCAGUGCGGCCUCCGACACAGGUGCCUCUGGCGUCAGCGACUCCGAGAUCACUGGCAGCGAGAUCAUCUCGGAUGCUGGCGAGACUCUCAGCACCUUUUCGGACACGGACCGCGAGAUCGAGACGGGCGGUGAGACGAUGAGUGAGAUCGACACGGCUGGGGAGACCCAGAGCGAGUUGGACUCCGAAGCUGAUGGCGAGAUCACCAAGGAGGAUCUGCCGCUGGUUCAAGGCUUGAAGAAGAAAAAGAGGAAUGUCUGCACGAAGCUUCAGCCAUGGCAUCUUUUGGUGUGCCUUCAGAUCCUGCACGGAUUGUCAGAAUGUCUGCACGAAGCUUCAGCCAUGGCAUCUUUUGGUGUGCCUCCAGAUCCUGCACGGAUUGUCAGUUACUUUCCAGGAAUGUCUGCACGAAGCUUCAGCCAUAGCAUCUUUUGGUGUGCCUUCAGAUCCUGCACGGAUUGUCAGUUACUUUCCAGGAAUGUCUGCACGAAGCUUCAGCCAUGGCAUCUUUUGGUGUGCCUCCAGAGCCUGCACGGAUUGUCAGCCACUUUCCAGGAAUGUCUGCACGAAGCUUCAGCCAUGGCAUCUUUUGGUGUGCCUCCAGAUCCUGCACGGAUUGUCAGUUACUUUCCAGGAAUGUCUGCACGAAGCUUCAGCCAUGGCAUCUUUUGGUGUGCCUUCCAGAGCCUGCACGGAUUGUCAGUUACUUUCCAGGAAUGUCUGCACGAAGCUUCAGCCAUGGCAUCUUUUGGUGUGCCUCCAGAGCCUGCACGGAUUGUCAGUUACUUUCCAGGAAUGUCUGCACGAAGCUUCAGCCAUGGCAUCUUUUGGUGUGCCUCCAGAGCCUGCACGGAUUGUCAGUUACUUUCCAGGAAUGUCUGCACGAAGCUUCAGCCCAAUCGGGGCAAACGUGUGCUAUCGCGAAUGCAUCAUGCAAAAGAACACCGCUCGCAGCAAUGCUUUGAGAGCGCACAAAGGAUCCGCCUGGUCCUUGGAGUCCCAGGCCAACCACCGCGGUGCUGCCAUGAUGAGGAACAGGGCAUCCAACUGAGAUCCAUAUUUCAUGGUGCAGAUUCUGCCGGUUUUUGA